AUGAGAUCAAAGGGCUUUCGAAAGCAAUUUGCUCAUCCAUCUCCAAAGUACCAAGCACGUAUCAAGUCCAACACGAGCAAUGGUUUACGCAGAACCGGAAGUCGCAUUGGAUUUCUCUGCGGAUCUGUAACGGGAAAUUUAGGAAACCGGCUUUUUGUGUUCGCAUCAAUAUAUGGCAUUGCCAAAAUGAAGAACAUAACUUAUUUCAUUCCAAGGCAUGAUACUCUGUUCAGUGUAUUCAACCUAUUUAAUGACUCCCAUUUGAUCAUAGCGAAGGACUCCCGAAAAUGUAAAGGAACAUUUUUUCGCAAAGAAAGAAAAUGUUGUGGGUAUGAUCCUAAGUUACUAAACUUUCAGGCUAACACAGGAUAUACAUUAAUUACUUAUCUACAAUCCUGGAAAUAUUUUGAAGGAGCAACGAAAAACUUACGGAAGCAAUUAACCUUUAAGAAUGACAUACAAUUGUGGGUAAAUCACACGUUAGAAAAGAUAUCAAAAGGACAAAAUUACUCACAUCGAGAUGACGUCAUAUUUAUCGGUGUUCAUGUGAGACGUGGGGACAUGUUGACCAGUGUAUCUGCGUAUGGAUAUCAAGUUGCUACACCGAACUAUUUACACAGAGCAAUUAACAGAUUUAUACAUUUACCAAACGUAAUCUAUGUUGUUUGCUCACUAGAAAUCCAGUGGGUCAAACAACAGUUACAAAACAUAACGAAUAUUUAUUACAGUGAUCCAAAGCAUGGAGCUCAUAAAGACCUGGCGCUAUUGGCUGCUUGUGAUCACGUGAUAACAACAGUGGGGACGUUUGGUUGGUGGGGUGGGUGGCUCUCGAGCGGAAAUGUGACCUACUUUAAGUGGCCUGCAAAACCUGGAUCAGGCCUCAGAAAACAGUUCAGCAAAGAUUACAUGGAUUUCUUUCUUCCACAAUGGACUGGCAUUUGA